AUGGGCGCGCGCGCUUCCGGCGGGCCCCGGGCCCGGGCCGCGCUCACCGCGCAGAGGCUGCUGCUGCUCCUGCUGCUCGGGCAGCUGACCCCCGGCGCGCAGGCUGCGCGGGGCCGCAGCGGCGCCGAGAAGAACAGCUACCGCCGCACGGGGAACACCUUCUCGCAGAGCGUCAGCAGCCUGUUCGGCGAGGACAACGUGCGCGUCGCGCAGAAGUUCUUGACCAGGCUGACCGAGAGGUUCGUGUUGGGAGUGGAUAUGUUUGUGGAAGCACUGUGGAAAGUUUGGACGGAGGUUUUGGAUGUUCUUGGACUUGACGUCUCAAACCUGUCGCAGUACUUCAGCCCCUCCUCGGUGGCCAGCAGCCCAGCCCGUGCCCUCCUGCUGGUCGGUGUCGUCCUCCUGGCCUACUGGUUCCUGUCCCUGACCCUGGGCUUCACCUUCAGCGUCCUGCACCUGCUGUUUGGCCGCUUCUUCUGGGCCGUGCGGGUGGUGCUGUUCUCCAUGUCGUGCGUGUACGUCCUGCACAGGUACGAGGGCGAGCCAGAGAGCGCCGUGCUGCCCCUGUGCUUCGUGGUGGCCGUGUACUUCAUGACUGGGCCCAUGGGCUUUUACUGGCGCAGCAGCCCCAGCAACCCCAGUGUGGAGGAGAAGCUGGAGCACCUGGAGAGCCAGGUCAGACUGCUCAACAUUCGCCUCAACAGGGUGCUGGAGAGCCUCGACCGCUCCAAUGACAAAUGACGGUUCCCCGGCGGCCGGCCGGGCCCCCUGUCACCAGCGCGCGCUCUUGGAAAAAGACAAAGAAGAAAGAAAGGAAAAAAGGACCCCAAACAAUCUCAAUAAACAUUACCGAGCAACAGAGCGGCACUUUGUGAGGGUGUUUCCGACCUUGUGCCCGCUCCUGGGACACGUCCCGAGAAGCGUUAACAGAUGAUCUAUGUAGAACUGCGCACCAAGUGUCAUUAGCGGAGAGAGUAUUUUUUAAACAAAAGAUAUAGUAACCAUACUAGCUGUACAGCAAGAGAAGUUUAUCUGUGCAUAGAGCAUAAAGUUAAUUUUUUCAAGCAUUUAAAUACAUCUUUUGUAAGGUUUUUUAAUAAAGGCAGAUGGAGUCAAGUUUAUUAAAACUUUAAAUCGAGGGGAAGGAUACGCUGAUAGGACAUUUUAGGGAAGUGGAAAUGCAAGCGUUUGAUUUUGCAGCUUAGGGAUCGGUGGGUGAGACCUGUGUGUGAUCCCCCCCGUUCCAAAACUCUGAGUGUGGUUUUAUUUUAGUUUGGUUUGUGUCAACUUAGUGAAUGAGUGUAGUGACUUCUAACUGUGAAUAGUCAAACUUGAUGAAAUUAAAUCUCUUUUUGAUCCCAGGGACUCCAGCAAAGCCCCCGUUGGUGAGAAUUCCAAAUGAAGAAAUCACUCCGUAUAGAAAACAUGAGGUUUUUUUUCCCCUCUGUACUGAGUCGGGAUUGACUCGAUGGCAACAGGUUUGAUUUGGUUUUGCUACUUUGCUGUAUUUCUCCCCUCAACGUUUUAUAAAGAGAAAAUGCCAGGACUAGGCAAAGAGAUGUCUUUGGGGCUUGAUGACCAGGACACUGAAGAUCUCCAGAAUCUCCUUGAUUCCCCAGUUUGACUAACUGAGCCGGCUGGGCCUAUGUAGGAAGGAAGUACCGUUGCAGUGUUUUGUUUUGUUUUGUUUUGUUUAAUUCAUUUUGAUUUUGGUUGACUCAGGACCGUAGAAGGAAAACAAACAGUCGCAGCUGAUCGCAUUUUUAAGUCUAUCGUUGCUUUAUAAAGCAUUCUCAGGAACAGUAAGCAGAAAUAAAAAAGCCCUCCAAAAGAUCUGCAUCUUUUCCCCUGAAGUUUUUACAGGGCACUCGGUAGGUGCUUUUGGUCUGAAGCCUGUUGCAUCUUCCUUGCGGCUGGCCUCUCGGGGUAGGAUGUGGACCAUGCAAGGUGGGCAGCUGCGGGUUCCUGGGAAAGGAAGCUAUGCAAGGCUUGGGUCGGGGGCUGAUGGAAACCCCCAGCUCCCUCAGACCCCUGAUUCCCCCUGGUCAGCGCCAGCAAAAUACAGGGCAAGGAGAGGGAGUCUUGGCCUUGGCAGAAAGUGCCGAAGACUGUGAUGGUCUCCGUGGUCCUUUUCUACCCACCCGAGUACCCUGGCAGUCCCCUCGUGGAGCAUCUGCUCACACAUCUGCAGAGACCCCCAUCAGAUCUGGUAGAGGCAGGACCUGGUCCAAGCGCCACUUUGGAGAAACUUAGAUGCCUACCAACUGUCAUGAGGCGUUUCUGUGACAUUUGAAUUGUGGUUGCAGAUAUCUGGAAAACAGAAGCAGAUGUUUUUGAGGAUUUGUGAAACUUCUUUUUCUAAGGUGCACAUAAUGGGAUCCAAACUCCCCUGCAUUUGUUUCGCUCGCUGAAACGCGUGUUCUCUCAGGUCUGCUGAGGCAGAUCUUUACCUGCAGGCAUUUCAGACGCGUGGUGUCUGGAUGGCAACCGUCGGUUUUGUCAUUUAGAUCCGUGGAGACUCAUCUAUAUUAGCACAGGGUAUAAGUAAUGCCGGGGGUGGAGAGGGAAUAGUUAUCUUUGUUCUCCUUUUUUUUUUAAUUCUUAUUUAUUUUUUGUCCUUCUUUUUUAUGACAUGUUUGAAUUGAAACCAGUUGCUGUUGAGCGGCUUCCGACUCGUGGUGCGACCCCAUGUGCGUCAGAGCAGAGCUGUGCUCUAUAGGGUUUUCAGUGGCUGAUUUUUCCUUUCUUCCGAGGUACCUCUGGGUAGACUUGAACCUUCAGCUUUUCAGUUAGCCGAGCGUGUUAACGGUUUGCAGCACCCAGGGACUCCAUACCAUGUUGACAGGCGACACUGAGUUGAUUCCGACUCAUGUUGACCCCACGUGAUAGAGUAGAACUGCUCCAUACCAUUUUCUUGGCUGUAAUCUUUACAGGGGCAGAUCGCCAGGUCUUUCUAGGUUCCCAAAACCCACUUUGCUUCCGUUGGCCAGGGCGAGAGUGGUAUUCUCUGCUCAAAGCCAGCGGUUCUGGUCUCGGCCUUCUCUUGCCUUCUCUCCUGUGCAUGACUGUCUGUGAGAUGCCCAUGUUUUAAGUCUUAAGUUGUCACUGGACUGAGUGUUAUACCCACUUUAUUCCUCCUCCCACCCCCAUACAUGAAACUCACAGGGCCCCGUGUAGUACUGAGAUCUAGAUAGGAAAACCGUUUAACUUCUAGUAAAUUUGGGGGAAGCCCAUGGAUCUAAGCACUUACAUGCUGGUGGAUCAAAACCACAAACACCAGCUAAAAUUUGCUGUCGAGAAUAUGCACCAUGUGUUCCAAACUGGAUAAAUACAGGCGCUGACACCAGUUCUGUAGUUUGAUAUGCUCAAGUGCAAAGAUGUCUUUAUUUUUCAUGAAAGAACGUACGCUUCAUUGCGAGCAUUGCCUCAGGGUAGACGAUGAUGAUUACUUGAAAUUUCAGAGAGAAAUCCUAGAUAUUAGGCCUGAUGGCAUCUUGGUUUUUAAUGCAUACACUUGACUUUUGUUUUGGCCUAUUCUUAACCCCAAAUAGUUUGGGAUUUUUUUCCUUUCUCCAUUCCAUGGAAGUUUGUAGGGUAUUUGGCCUUUCCUUCACACCUAUUUUUUGUUUUGUAUGUGGAAAAAUUGUAUUUUUAUACCAUGUCUCAUACCUUGAAGAGAAAUCUUUUUUAUAUCUUCAGGUCUAUAGAAUAUAUUAGUGAGCGCUUCAUUAAAUGUGAUGUGAGAACAAUGAAGCAAACUACUGUGGAUCUGUUCUAAGUCAGACUUCGGUUUUUAAAACGUCAUCCUAAAGUCACUCAGUGUUAAUUUCCCAGUGCUUCAGUAUCACAGUGAAUAUUCUCUUUACAAAGAAUAAAUAACAACUGUCCACCAAAGGAGAAGAACCAGCUAUCUCUAAAUUGCUGAAUUUGUGUGGAUGUUUUGAGGUUGGUGCUUAGUUUUUUUCUUCCUUUGAUACGCCAGCAGUAGCCACACAAUGUUUUCUUCAGGCGUAAACCUUUCAUAAGUAUGCUUUCCCAUGCCCCUCAGCAGCAACUGCCUUUGGGUUGGUUUUUUCCUUAUUCGUUUCAUUUCCACACUCCCUGCUACUUAAGAUGCUCUUGACAAAUGACACCUGCCUUACUGGUUGACACCUGAUCACUUCUCCCUAAUGGGUUUGGAAUUGGCUGACUUAACCAAAAUCCAGCUCUCUUCAUCCCAACCAAUUGCCAUUGAGUUGACUCUGACUCAUGGCAAAGCCAUAUGUGUCAGAGUAGAGCUGUGGUCCAUUGGUCUGAUCUUUCAGAAGUAGAUUGCCAGGCCUUUCUUCCAAGGCACCUCUGAGUAGAUUCUAACCACCAUCCUUUGGUCAGUAACCAAGUGCUUGACUGUUUGCACCACCCUGGGUCUAACCUCUGGUCAUCCAGUUAGUGUAAAAAGGAAUUCCUAAAGCUCCUAAGGUGUCAACCUCCCCCAACACAUUUUUUUUUUUUAUUAUAUAUCACCAAUCUGUAGAGUUCUUGCUUCUGGCCAUUUGAGUAGUUGGACUUUUGCCCCUCACUUGUGAAUAAUAGAAUCGUAUCUUUUUUCUGCAGGAUGUGACAUAGUACUCUUAAAAUUAGUAUUGGACAGCCAUCAAUAGGAUGUACAGUGCUGGUAUAAGCAAACUUUGUUCAGCACAUUGAAUUCUGUGUUUUGCUGUUCAGUGAUUCCUCGUUCUAUGGGAGAUACCUCAUACUAGUUCUCAUCUUGUGGUGGCACAAAAACCUGGUUGUCAUUUGCAUCAUCUACUGAAAACUUGCGGUAGCUAAUGUCAUUAUUGACCAUACGUUCUAAUGUGUCCUCACAGACCUAAAGGUUUUACUGUGCUGUCAAUAUCUGCAUGUGCGUUAAAUCCCUGAAUACCGUGUAAUUAAACUGAUUUCUUGCAAUGGUGACGGUGAUGACCUAACACUUAAAAUCCAGCAGAGCAGUUAUUUCCCUCGUAACUGGAAACCACAUCUAUCAGCUCUGGUACCCAUUUUCAACACAGUUUUCAUGAUUCCAUUCAUAAUUUGUGUAUCUGGUUAUAAAUUUUAUAUAGCAUUGAAGUUGACACGAGGCAGAUCCAGUUGAUUUGAACAUAGUGCUGUGUGUGUGUGUGCCGUGUGUGUGUGCCAUGUGUGUGCACCUUAAUCCUGUGAGCCUUGGGAAACUGAUUGUACAAAUACCACAUAAUAGACAUAAAUGUAUAAGACUUUUUUUUUUGGCAAAACAAUAUAUACACUCCUUUAAUUUAUUAAAUCAAUGGCUUUGGUGUUAUGUAGAGUUAUUUGUAGACUGAUUUCAGAAGAGAAUUAAAAUACUGUGAAAAUUA